GGACCUCAGAGCCCAGGCUGGGUGUUUGGCUUAGCCAAGACAGUGUUAGAUUCCACCGCUACAACUGAACUGUACGAACAUUGGGCCAGGGAGUACGACCCAGUGUACAAGGUCCCGGGUGUCUUUGAACAGUCCAUGGUUGUACUGUCGUGGGCUGAUGGUGAAAGUCACAAAAGGUUGGAAGUAAGACCUCUGAGUUGUGCUGAGCUAAAUUCAUGUCAUUUUCUCUCAUUCAUCAGGCAGCGCAAGGCCCUCAGUCCUGCCUUUAGCGCAGUUGCUAUUCGCAGCUUGACAUCUGUUUUCCAUGAUGCUGCUCACAAGACAUUGAUCGCUUGGGACAGUGAGAUAGAAUCGAACCAAAGUACUCACUGCGCAGUAAUUGAUGUUCAACAAUGGAUGAAUCAUAUCUCACUCGACAGUGUGGGCAUAGCCGUCCUGUCCCAUGACUUCAGCGCACUCGGUGGAAAUGACUCCGUUGUUGGGCACGUCCUGAAUGCAUUUAGUUCAUCCGUCGAUGUUUCCAACAACUUGGUCAUAUUGGCACAAAACUUUCCUUUCAUUGUGAAGCUGCCAUUACCUCGCACACAAUUCUCCCUAAAGUUUCGCCUGAUAGUUGGCAAAAUAUGCCAGGAGAUGCUAUCGCGGACACGCAAGGAAAAAGAGACUGGUGGCGCUGCGCAGGGGGACAAAUCAUGUUUGGGUUUGCUCUGUGAGUCCUGCUGUUCAUUUGCCAAAUUUUAA